UCUCGCUUCAGGCAUAUCAAGUUUUCGACAAGCCAAGCGCGUCCCUACUAGCGUAUGGCCAUUACGUCCUGCGUUAGAUGUUUGUAUCCAGGAUGUGUUGUGUAUUCCUACCGGCGUAUGGCCAUUACGUCCUGCGUUAGAUGUUUGUAUCCAGAAUACUUUGUGUAUACCUACUGGCGUACGGCCAUUUCGUCCUGCGUUAGAUGUAUGGAAACAGUCUCCAGGCAUGAUGUCCUUGAGUCAUACGUGCUCAAGGCCUUCCCCCUGCAUGCUGUUUUCCACUGGACGUUCCAACUUUUCAAAAUUUGGGUCGCAACGUGUACCUUCAGAUAAAAUUUCUGAAAUGGGUUUAUUUCUUCAUGCAUGCGAGGGUGAUAUGGUAUGCAAAUCAGUCAAUUCCAAAAUUCCAUAUUUUAAUGCUCCAAUUUAUUUAGAGAAUAAGAAUCAAAUAGGAAAAGUUGAUGAGAUCCUUGGACCAAUGAAUGAAGUAUAUUUUACAGUCAAAUUACAGGAAGGCAUAGUUGCAACAUCUUUUAAACUAAACGAUAAAGUAUAUAUUGGUGAAGAUAAGCUGUUGCCAUUAGAUAGAUUUUUGCCUAAGCCACCUGCUCCGAAAACUGCUACAAAGAAGAAAUUUGCAGGACGUGGAGGCGUGAAUAUGAGGGGAGGAAAUCAAAGAGGCGGACGUGGAGGAGGACGCGGAUAUGGAGGUGAACGUGGAGGAGGACGCGGAUAUGGAGGUGAACGUGGAGGUGGUCGUGGUCGUGGAGGUGGUCGUGGAGCACCUAGAGGAGGUCGAGGCGGUGGCUUUAAUCGAAGAAGUUUUCAUUCAUAA